CACACACACACACACACACACACACACACUCACUCACUCACACAGACCGAGAGAGAGACGGAGCAUCCAGACAGGCUGGUUUUCUCUCGCGGCGGCUGUGUCUCUCCGGUGCCUGCUGCCAAAUGACAGAAGUUAUGAAGUCAUGACCUUGAAAAGGCCAUUUGUGGGAGGAAAGGAGUCUACAAUGACCUGACGUAACCCCACCCUCAUCCAAUCAGAGUGGAAAAGAGGAGGAGCAACGAUGCCAGACUCCGCCCCCUUACCUCCCGUCCCGCCUCUUGCCAUUCUGAACUGCACGGCAUCCACCAACUGCUCCCUUGGCAACUUUUCAGCCAUUGCCCAUGCUGACGACUGCCACGGUAACCAGUCGCUGUUUGUCAUCAUGGCCAUUGCGUACAGUGCUGUGGCCUUCCUGGGCAUUGCGGGCAACCUGGUGCUCAUUCUGGUCAUCGCACGCCAGCGAGAGCUCCACAAUGUUACUAACGUUCUGAUCGCCAACCUAUCUAUGUCUGACCUGCUGAUGGCAAUCAUGUGCCUGCCCUUCACCUUUGUCUACACCUUCAUGGACCACUGGGUGUUCGGCGCUGUCAUGUGCAAACUCAACAGCCUUGUGCAGUGCUGCUCCGUCUCUGUCUCCAUUUUCUCACUAGUGCUGAUCGCUGUUGAACGGCACCAGCUCAUCAUACAUCCCCGUGGGUGGCGCCCCAGCCUGUCCCAAGCCUGGCUGGGUGUCGCCUUCACCUGGACGCUGGCCCUGCUCACCGCCAUGCCCUUCCUGCUCUUUUCCGUGGUGACGGACGCACCUCUCAGGCAGCUGCCGUCCAUCUUCCAAGAGCAUUACCGCGGCAAGGUUGUGUGUGUGGAAGAGUGGCCGUCCCGCGAGUUCAAGCUCACUUACACCUCCGCCAUGCUGUUGCUGCAGUAUCUCGUGCCGCUCUGCUUCAUAUUCAUCUGUUACCUGAAGAUCUAUGGCCGUCUGAGGCAGCGGAAGAGCAUGAUGGAGAGAAUGAGAGAGAACAAGUUCCGCAGCAACGAGACCAAGCGCAUCAACGCUAUGCUCUUCUCCAUUGUGGUGGCCUUCGCCGUCUGCUGGCUGCCCCUCAACGUCUUCAAUGCCGUCAUCGACUGGAACCACGAGGUGGCAAUGAACUGCACCCACAACCCCCUCUUCUCACUCUGCCACCUGACAGCCAUGUGCUCCGUGUGCGUCAACCCCGUGUUCUACGGCUUCCUGAACCGCAACUUCCAGCGGGACCUGCGCACCUUCCGCCUUUGCAAGAGCCUGUCGGUCAGAGAGGAUGAGUACGACACCAUCGCCAUGUCAACCGUCCACACCGACCUUUCCAAAACGUCACUUAAACUCGGCAGUCCAGAUUUGUAGGAGAACAGCCUGAGCUGUGUCCCGUAUAGCUGCUUUGGCUACAAGGGAGUGUACUCUCUGAGAUCAUCCACCUGGAUGCAAGUGUACUGCACAUAUCAAGUGGCAAAAGAUCUGAGUAAAUGGUGGCUACGUCCCAGAUCAGUCACACACUUAACACUAGGGGCCUGAUUUAGUGAAGGUUUCAGCAUGUGCCGAUGUCAUGCUGGAGCAAAAUGAGCAAAUGGGGCAGUGAGCGAUGGGAAGUUGUCAUUCUUCAGGCUUUAAUGGCGAUCCUGACAUUGGAAAAGCAAACCAUUUCAUGCUAAUUGUGAUUCCGACUACCACUGAGUAUCUUAAACAUCAAUUCUGCUUAAAAUACCAUAGCCUGAUAAUGGAACCUAACCCAAGGGGGCUGCCAGAGGACAUGCCUUAGCCAAUACUUCUCUGAACAGCAAUCUGAACUGUAAAAAGUUACACCAGUGAGGGAGACGCUAAGAAGACACCAGGGGAUAGACGCAGGAUUUGC